AUGCCGUUUGGUUUGAGUGGAUUGAUGAAUUUCAUCAAGACUGAGAGCAAUAACGAUCUUGCCCUGCUCGCCAUGGGUAGCGAUCUCACAACGCUUGGUCUUAAUCUUAACCAGCCUGAUUCCGAGCCAUUGAGUGUAACCUUUGCGUCGCCAUGGGCUGAGGCGUCAAAUGUGAAGGUCGAGCCCGAGUUUCAUCUUCCGUCAUGCUACCAUGUCCAGUCCGCACCGCCUCAGCAGACCAAGAUCUCCAACUUCUCGGACGAGACUCUGUUCUACAUCUUCUACUCGAUGCCGCGUGACUACAUGCAAGAGGCCGCGGCGGCGGAGCUGACGACGCGCAACUGGCGGUACCACAAGGAGCUUAAGGUCUGGCUGACCAAAGAGCCUGGUGCGGAGCCAAUACAGCAGAAUGUGCACUACGAGCGCGGAGUUUACACGUUCUUUGAUACGAGCACGUGGGAGCGGGUGAAGAAGGAGUAUGUUUUGUAUUAUCAGGCUAUUGCGUGA